CUGCAAUUGGCGAAAGAGAGAAGAAAUCCCUACUUUAAACAUUCAUAACGUUACUGAAAGCCUACAUAUUUUAAUUUUGUAAUAUGACAAAUAAUUUGAAAGAGUCACCUUAGCUUCGUCUUUAAUGUGGAUGCUCUGAUAUUGAGUUAUUAGAAUUACCAGUUUAAUUUUUAAAUUGGAUAAAAAGGACAAGAGCGAAAAUGGAAAAGGAACAAUUAAAAUCAGUGAGUAAAAUGCAGCAAUGGAGUAUUUAUUUAUGUAUAUAUUUGCAUUUACAGACCAAUUUGAAAAAAUAGAUAAGAUGGGAAGAUCGUUACAACAAGAUGGACCGGAAAUCAUCAAUGAAAAUAAUACUUCGAUGAAGGAAAUGACGAUAAAGGAAUGUGCGCUUACAGAUAUGAAAUCGUUUGUCGAAAACAUAAACAAAUCAACACCUAUACAGAAUUUUUAUGACCGUCAAAGUAUUUUCAUUACUGGUGGAACAGGUUUCAUCGGGAAGUUAUUAAUAGAGAAAUUGUUAAGAGUAUGCCCAGGUAUCAUUUGCAUUUACGUUUUGAUACGUACCAAAAAAGGAAAAAAUCUACUCCAACGAAUAGACGAACUUGUCGAAGAUCCCUUAUUUGCCACGUUAAGGGAAGAGCAACCAAAAUUCCAAAAUCGCAUAAUCCCAAUCGAGGGCGAUUGCAGUUUCCCGAAUCUCGGUAUCUCCAAAACUGAUAGAAAUACACUCAUACGCGAAGUAUCAAUUGUUUUUAAUGUCGCCGCAACCGUGAAGUUUAAUGAAAAAAUGAAAUCGGCGAUAGCUAUUAACGUCCAAAGUCUGAGGGAUCUGAUAAGUUUAUCCAAAGAAAUGAUGAAACUGAAGACAUUCGUCCACGUUUCCACGGCUUUUGCCAAUUGCACUCACGAUCUGAUUGGUGAGAAAUUUUAUGAUUCGAAUCUGGAUGCUGAACAGUUUAUCGAUCUAAUGAAUUCUUUAAACGAAAAGUUGCUCGACGACAUUACACCACAAUUAAUUGGAACAUACCCGAAUACCUAUGUGUUUACGAAAUCAAUGGCCGAGAUUGUGGUAAAAAAGCAUGUCGAUUCGAUACCAAUUGGAAUCUUUCGCCCUGCAAUUGUGGUACCAACGUAUCGAGAACCUGUUCCGGGAUGGAUCGACAACCUGUACGGACCAGUAGGAAUUACAAUAAGUGUUCUAAUGGGAUUAAUGCGAGUAUAUUAUUGCGAUGGGUCGAUAAAAGCAAAUUUGGUACCCGCGGAUCUGACUGUCAAUGGUUUAAUUGUUAGUGCCUGGGAUAUUGCAAAUAAUCGAAGAUCCAAGGAAGACUUUCCCAUAUACAAUUACGUAUCUAAUGAUAAUCCGAUUACUUACAACAGAUUUAUAGAAAUGAUGCUGAAGUAUGGAAAAUUGAUACCGUUUAAAAAGGCAGUUUGGUACUACAGCUUUACUAUAACAAAAUAUCGGCCAAUCUAUCUUUUCUGUAUAUUCUUUCUACAUUUGCUACCUGCUCUUAUAAUCGAUACGAUCGCAGUAUGUGUGGGUAAACAGCCAAGGUUACUUGGAAUAUAUAAUAAAAUUCACCAAAUGUCGGACGCACUUAGUUAUUUUUCUACGAACGAAUGGAUGUAUAUAAAUAAAAAAUGGAACGGACUGAUGAAAAAGUUAACGUCUGAAGAUCGUAAAUUAUUCUUUUGUGAUAUAAGAGAGCUCGUUUGGAGUGAUUAUUUUCCAACAUAUUUCCUAGGAAUAAGAAAAUAUAUCUUAAAGGAUCCCAUUGAAACGCUUCCACAAGCUCUUAUAAAAUGGCAAAGACUUUAUUGGAUGCAUCAAUCAUUGAAACUUGUGAUCGUUUGCGGCUUUCUUAUCUUCAUAUGGGCUGUGAUUUCCAAAUUUGUGUAAUAUUCGGAUUUUCGUAAAAGAAAUAUAACUAUGAAAGAAAGUGAAGAGAAAAAUAUAAUCGUAAUUUGUGCUUUUGCCUAUAUACGAAUUCAUGAUAUGAAUUCCAUGAUGUAUUAAAUGAAUUUAAAUUAAAUAGCGUGCUGGAGAAGAAGAGGUAAAUUGAAAUUUUUUAUUUACAAAGUAUAGAUAUUUGGAUUAGAUCCUUUUUCAUAUACUAUGUUACUUAUUACUUGUAAAAAAUAUACUUAUUUUUUUCUUUUUAA